AUGGGAGAAAGUGCUCGAGGAAGAGGGUAUAGACGAGGUAUUCGUGCCAGACGUUUUGUACCUUACCAUAGUAGAGUGCGUGGACCACGAGGAACUCGCAUCGCUUCAUACCACAGUCACUCAGAACCAGAUCAGUCAGGCUCAGAUGACUCAACGCAGCCUCCUAGUCAACCAUGGGAAACUCCAUAUUUGACUACCCCCAUGAUGCCCACAGCAAACCAAGAACAGCCCAUACGGAGACGUGGGCCAGCUAAGUGUAUUGAGUUUGAGAAAUUGAGGAAGUAUGGCCCCGUGAUUUUGAAGAUUAAUGACGGUGAAACAGCACCGUGUUGUUCGAACGCAGCGAUGUUCACGGCACGAGUAACGCAAAUCAUAAAACAGCAUUGCGACAUGAGCUAUGCGAGAUGGACUAAUGUGCCGCAGGCACAAAAGGACGAGUUGAUCGACCGUGUGAGAGGUGACUUCGCGUUAGAUUGGGAUCGAGAGAAUCAUAGACUGACCGUUAGGAAGCAGUUGCGUAAGCGGUUCAAUGCAUUCCACCAUGAAUUACACAAAAAGUAUGAAUCGUACGGUAGUCACGAGGAAGCAUUGGCUGCUGGCAGUACCAUGGUUGACUUGCAAGUCUGGAUUAAGCUGUGUGAGAGGUGGGGAACUGAGGAAUUCAAGAGAAUUGCAAGACAAAAUCGGGAGAAUAGGAAAGCCCUAACCAUUAACCACACGGCAGGCCGCAAAUCGUUUGUUAGGCUAAUGGAGGAGAAGCUGGCUACUACUACGAAUUUGGUGGAGUUCUAUAAGGAGUCUCACUGGUCAAAGAAGAAUGGGAAAUUUGUCACAUCAGCAACUGAAAACACUUAUAAUGAGAUGGUCAGCAAGAUGGAUGGUCUAGAGCCCGAUCAACGCAACGAUGAAGCAGCAUCAAUUGUAUUUAGAGAGGUGCUUGGGCAUAGACCAGGAUACGCAAGGGGGUUAGGAGAGAUGGUCAUCCCGGAGUCAACAAGACAACGGAACACCCAAAAAGAAAAAGAGUAUCUUGCUUUAAUUGAAAAACAUAAGACAGAUGCUGAGAAUUACAAGAAAGAUGCCGACCAUUACAAGACAAAGCUUGAUCAAGUGAUGUGUGAAAUGCAAGCUCUUCGUGAGAGGCAAAAUGCUACUGAUCAGAUGUUGCAAAGCUUUUUUCAGAACUUUCAUGGCAACACCGAGUCUCUCCAGUCUCGUGGAGAGACUUAGUGAGGGCCAAGAAAUCAACUUCAAGGAUUUUUUGAGUAUUUUGGGGAAAUUUUUUGUAGUGGGAGAU